AUGUCCAACAGCCCCGGAUCCGUCAGCUUCCGCUACGGAGCGGAAGCCGACUUUUUCGCAAAGUUGGCCGAAAACUUCAAGGCAACUCUCAAUACCAAAGAUGCCGAGGACUUUGAAAACGGUGGGCUAGAUCUCGUUCGCCGAGAAAUCAAUCUCCUGCAGAACCAGCAACAGGUGACGAAAAAUCUACAGAACAUGACAAGGGUGCAGAGAUUUCUCGAUAGGAUGAAUGACCUGCAAACUGUACUAGAAACACUGGGGUUCCCAGCCGUGGACAGUGUUAUGGCAUGCAUUUGGGGCCCUAUGAGGUUCUUCCUUAAGGUAGCCCACGUGCUCGACCGGGCCUUCGACAAUGUCCUUGAUGUCUAUCACCGCUUUGGUCUCUGUAUUCUGCCCUACAACGAUUACGUGACCUUUUUUGGGGUAUCGCAAAACAGCAUCAGGUGCCUGAUACACACAUACGAUGACGUCCUUGAGUUCCAUUCAGCAGCUUACAGCGUCUUCUCUCUUCGAGUUGGUCGUACGCUGCCCGCCAAACCACUCCCUAGUGCUGCAUUGCAAAUCUAA